AUGAAAACAUCUUCUUUUGGAGCUGGAGUUGGAGUUGGAGUUGGAGCUGGAGUUGGAGUUGGAGCUGGAGUUGGAGUUGGAGUUGGAGUCGGAGUUGGAGUUGGAGUCGGAGCUGGAGUUGGAGUUGGAGCUGGAGCUGGGAUGUAUGGUCAAGGUAACGGCUAUGGUGGAGUCGGCGCUGGGAUGUAUGGACAACGUAACGGCUAUGCUGGAGCUGGGGCUGGAAUGCGUGGUCCGGGUUAUGGCUAUGGUGGAGCUUGGGCUGGAAUCCGAGGUCCGGGUUAUGGCUAUGGUGGAGUUAGAGCUGGAGGUGCUUGGCCCAACGGCCCCGGUUAUGGGUAUGGUGGGCCUGGAGGGCUGUACAGCAGUAGAAACGAUUACAGAGGCCCUAACGCCGGUACCAAUGUUGGUGCUAAUGUGGUUGGAGGGACAGCGAGCCCUAACGAUGGUGGAAGUGCUACGGCGGCAACGACUGAUAAUACUAUUUCCACGCUCGGGUCGCAAGAUGGCAGCACACCAAGCAGUAGUUCCACGGCUCCAAGCACGAAUACGGACACCCCAAUCCAAAGUGUCAGUGAGGGAACUGAGACGCAGCAGAAAGGGUAUCGAUUGCUUCGUUCGGACUAA